AUGUUUUCAUCACCGCUGUACCUUUCAUUGGCGUCCGUUUUCUCCUUAAUAGGACUGGGACUUGUGUGCUUGGCAGUUGUCACGGAUAACUGGGUGGAAGUUCAGGUGAAUCGGAGAGAAAUCAUCAAUUCAUUCAAACGGGAGCCUGAAUUGAGUUUACGUCUUCAAAACGCCUUCGGACACAACCUCAUCUACUUCUCGCGCAAUUUCGGUCUUUUCAACCUUUGCUUCCCGGAUACCGUUCCACAAGAUAUUGGAAGCUUCAACAAAGUUGGCUCAAUCUGUAUCUGGAAUAAUGAAUUCAUGGUGCCAGAUUCCAAGAAGGAGCACUUCACAACCAACGAGCUCUACCGUCAUUAUGCUGCCAAGGCAACCAUUGUCGCAUAUGUUGUUGGUAUUGUUUUCGUCGUGUUGAGCUUUAUUAUGGGACUCAUCGGAUGUUGGAACAGAUCGAAGAAGUUCGUCGUGGGCACUGGAAUCAUGCUCAUUCUCGCAGGACUCUUCAUGUCGGUUGCCAUGCUUCUUUGGCACUACGUGGCAUACAGCGAAAGAUAUACUUUGGAUAUGGAGCCAUACUACAAGUCUUGGGAACCCGUCCUCAAACUGACAUCUCGUCACAACUACGGAUGGUCGUACAUCGUAUCAUGGAUUGGAAUCGGAUGCAUCGUCAUUGCCAGUGCAUUCUAUUUCUUUGCGUAUGCGGCAGUAAAGAAAGAGGAAGAUGAGGCGUUGACUGCCAAGCACGGAGCGUACAUGAUGCCAAACUACUACGACAAGGGAGCCGGCGCCGGAGCCAUUGUACCAUAUAACUACAACACCUACGCUGGAUACGGUAACUAUCCAUACUACAAUCAGUACAAUACCGCUGGAUACUACGGAUACAUGACCUAUGGACGCUAA